CGUCACUGCUGUCCUGGACCAAGUUUCCCUCUUUGCCUUUCCGCCUCUCAUCCAACGACCAGUAGCUGCCGUCCCACGCGGCACAUGAAGCAUAUAUGGGAAAGACAACCUACCUCUAGCUAGCAAUGUAGUAUCUUCCCCAAUACAACACCUGCCUCGUUCCUCUCAAUAUCACCUUCCAUCCCAGUCGCCAACUCCAGUUCCAGAACUGAGAAUGAACGUGGGCAAAAUGAAAACCAGCUGGUACAUUUUCUUGUGUUGCCUAUCUUUCGCAAUGGCGCUGAAUCUGACAGCCAAGCGGCCUUUGAGAUGCAUCAUGUACUACACCGGUCAACAUCCAGUCACGCCUCCAAUCGAUCAAUUAAAGCACGUUACCCAUGUUGCUGUUGCCUUCAUGAGUCCCGGGGUCUUCAACGAGCCGGGCCGGAUGGAUUGGCCCUUGUGGACCACAGUGGAAGAUGUCAGGAAGAAAUUCCCCAAGGAGGCAAAGGUGCUGAUCGCAAUUGGCGGUUGGGGCGAUACUAUCGGCUUUUCAGUGGCCGCUCUCUCAGACGAGACACGGAAAACAUUUGCUGAGAAUGUGGCAAGCAUGGUGAGGGUGACUGAGGCUGAUGGUGUCGAUAUCGAUUGGGAAUAUCCAGGAGGCAACGGUGAAGAUUACAAACAGGUUCCCAACACAUCGAAAUCCUGGGAAAUUCAGGCCUAUCCCCUUCUCCUUGCCGAAUUGCGAGCUGCCUUGGGACCAAACGUCAUCAUCUCGGCAGCUGUACCGGGCCUCGAACGCGACAUGCUUGCUUUUACCAGAGAAACCGUCCCUAGAAUCAUGAGGCACCUUGACUUUCUCAAUGUCAUGACUUAUGAUCUGAUGAACCGUCGUGACACCGUGACGAAGCACCACACCGGCAUAGACCUCAGUCUCAAGGCUCUCGACGCCUACAUCGCAGCCGGAGCCGCACCCCAGGAGCUCAACCUGGGCUUUGCGUUUUACGUGAAGUAUUUCCGCACCCUACACGAAAAGUGUCUGGAUGAUCCGAUUGGGUGUCCUACCGUCCUUCUUGAGGAUCCGUCAACCGGCGCGGAUCUUGGACAGGCGGGGGCAUUUUCAUGGCACGAUGCUGUGCCUGAGGAUGUGGCAAAUUCCUUUACAAGGGCGAUCGGUAAGGGGAGGUAUGAUGGGAAACAGGGAGGGUAUUACUACUGGGAUGAAGAGGAGGAUAUUUGGUGGACCUUCGACACGGCCGAGGCCAUCAAGAGGAAGCUUCCAGUUCUCGUGGACAAGAAGAGACUCGGAGGAGUGUUUGCUUGGGGCCUAGGAGAGGAUGCGCCUGUUUACGAGCGCUUGGCGGCCGUCAAUGAGGAGUUGGAUAAACGAUUGGAAAUCAAGGAUGAGCUUUAAGUUCGGUAUCCUGAAGAUACGAGAAUGGGGACGCUGAUUGUCAUUCUGGCUGAUGAGACUAUUUUAAAACCCAAUUGCUCAAGAAAAGCGCAUUAUGUCGCGCUGGAUGACAAUGAACCUGCCUUCCGCUAAACGCUCGGCUUCCAUUCACAGAGGCUCCAUCCACAACAUGUUGUGACUCUUCAUCUCCCUGGUACUCAUGAUCUUCGAUAUCAGUACUCGGGUCGGAACCACGGCGUGCGUCGAAAGUGUGAUAGUUCACAUGUUCAUUCUGGUGAAGUGGCAACGGGGGCUCCACAUGAUCUUUGUUGUUGUUAUCUCUGGGCCAGUUUGGCACGGGUGGAAUAACAGGCAUCAAACUGCCUCGAACGACGGUAUCCUGCCGUUUAUUUUUCAAAUUAGCAGAGAUCAAGCAAGGAGAGGGAAAAUCGAAACGUACGGCCAAGAAGGGGUCCUCUGAGAGGAUGUCAACAGAGCGAACUAUCCUGCUAUGGUCGGAUUCAUGGUCGGAAGAAGAGGUGGAUAAAGCAAUGGAAGUAGAGCAGGAGGCAGAUUCAGAAGGUGACUGCAUCUUUUUUAGCAGCUUCUAGUUGCGAGGUCACGGUUCACCUGUUCUUGUAUGGGUGAUGUAUUGAAUGUUUGUAGUUUGGGUGAGAUAAUGGCAAUGGGUGAUUUCAAAAGAACCGAGGUGCUCUGUUGCACAGACCGGCAACGCAAAAAGCAACAGUCAUAAAGAGUGGAUGAAUUACAAUAAACAGAGCAUGUUGUGUUUGGAAGACAACAGGUCUCUGACAAAAGAAGCACCUGCACACCCACAUAAACCCAACACCGC